UUUAGCUGUGUUAAUCUUGUUUUAGGUGACUUUUGUAACCCCUAUAUGUUUCAAGUUUCUAUAGAAAAUGCCAAGAUCAGCGUAGAUUUACGACGUCGAUAACGCAUUGUGACAGUGCUUUGCCCUUUGUUCUGACGCUCGUAAUAAUUUUGGCAGAUUUCCUCUGUACAUUGACUCUGUAUCUUUAAAACUUCAGACCAAACUAGGUGCUAGCGCCAUGAUCUGAUCAGCUGAUGGUCCAAUCACACGAAGAAAGCUAUCGCGAGCUGACGCUCAGUCGCAUUUCUAUUGGUUAGAUUUUCAUUACCUCAUGAUCUCGGCUGAACGUUUAUUGGUUACUGAAAUACAUCACCUGUGUUUCUUGCAGAAUUGCUAGUUUUCCUGGUUAAAUCUGAACAGUUGGGAGGAUGGAUCUCGUGCUCAGCUUCGCAGACCGUUACUUUUUCUCCCCCUAUGUGUACCCCGAAUCAUGGCCCGAGGACGAACCUGUGCGCCAGAUCAUCGGGCUGCUGGUUGUGACAAACCUGGGGGCAGCCAUCUUGUACCUGGUCAUGGGUUACCUCAGCUACUAUUUUAUCUUUGACCACGACUUAAUGAAACACCCGCAGUUUCUAGAGAACCAGGUGCGUAGAGAGAUUAAGUAUGCCAUGAGCUCUCUACCAUGGAUCAGUAUUCCUACAGUGGCCUUGUUCUUGGCUGAAGUCAGAGGAUACAGCAAACUUUACGACAAUGUCAAUGAGUCUCCGUUUGGUUGGCCGGGGGUAAUUUUCAGCAUGUUUUCUUUCUUGUUUUUUACUGAUAUGUGCAUCUACUGGAUCCACCGGAUUCUUCACCACAAACUUAUUUACAAGCAUUUUCAUAAACCCCAUCACGUGUGGAAGAUCCCCACGCCCUUUGCCAGCCACGCCUUCCACCCCGUGGACGGCUUCCUCCAGGGUCUCCCCUACCACGUCUACCCCUUCCUGUUCCCGCUCCACAAGGUGCUGUACCUAGGCCUAUACGUCUUUGUCAACAUGUGGACCGUAUCCAUCCACGACGGCGACUAUCGGGUCCCCAAGCUGCUGGAGAAGGUCAUCAACGGCUCCGCGCACCAUACUGACCACCACCUCUUCUUCGACUUCAACUACGGCCAAUACUUCACCCUGUGGGACCGCAUCGGUCGCUCAUACAGGCACCCCUCGGCUUUGGAGGGAAAGGGUCCUCUUGACGCCGUCAGAAGCUUGAUGGCUCAGGCCAAGCUGCCCAACAGCAUGGGCAGUCCAGCCAAUGGAGAGCCUGUCAAAGGCAAAGCGCACAAGCAUGACUAGAUAGCUUCUCCAUGGUGACCAGAUGUUCACUUAACCAAUCUAAGGGACAGUGCCCAAUUGUAAACAUUCUGAACAUUUCCUUUCUUCACCUGCAAGAAAUCAAACAUUGUAUACACUUGCCGCUUUUCCCCUUGAAAAAGGACAGAUACCACGUGGACCACUAAGAAAUAUGAAUAAUUCAUAGUAGAAUUUUCUGAUUUCUAAAGAAAUAUAUGUGUUGAAUUGCUAUUGAUUUUUUUCUGCUUGCCAAAUGGGAACAUUUGCCAGGAUAUUGGCGCUCCUUUGCUGCCCGUUUGUGCUCCCUGGGAAGACCAACGGAGAGAACCUUAACACUUAAUAACGAGGGUAGCAAGUGAAACAAUGGCGGCUUCCUAUGGUUGGCAAUUGAAAGGUUUGGACCAUUAAUGUUGCCUUUUGGAUGCUCUGUUGAAGUGAUAUUGAGGGUAAAUGGCCCAGGAAUUAAUCCUGGCAUCUAGACCACCCACAUUAUUAUAAUGCCAAGAUUCUGACCAUAACACUAAAUUGGAUUUUGAAAUGGAAUUACUGUAGAUCAAGUUAGUAAUCUAGGGCAAAUGAUUCAGAUCAAGUUGAAUGUACAUUAGGACUGUUCUGGCGAUGAAAGCCAGGCGGUGUGAUGUUUUUGCCUCCCGUUUGUUGGCCUUGGAAUUGUAUUUAACGGCAACCGAAUCUCAUACGAUGUGUGAGGCACGUUUAGAGGAAGUGUUGGUGAGUGAUGAGUAUAAUAGGAAAUUUGAUUGUAUUUUUUUUUUUUUAAUUAUCUCGGCAGGUACCAUGGGUGGUUCUAGAUAAUCUUAUUUUUGCUAAUUUAAUACCUGCUCCUGCAAGUACGCGAAUGGCUACCCCAUUACCUCCUGCGGUGGCGUGUGAGAUUAGAUACUAACUGACAGGAGGUUCUGUCUGCGAUGUCCAAUAACAACUUGAAUGUUUUUUUGUUUUGUUUUUUUU